AUGACCCGGCAAGGUUUGAGCUUUGACAGCUCAACUCCGGUCUUGUGGCCACGACACAUGACCGAUCCUUCGAGGUUUGAAGUGAAGGCCAACAUGUUACCACAGACCGGAGCAGACAUUUCGAUACCAAACAUCAACAGACUGCAGGAAUGCCCUGAACCACGUUCUGGCUUCCCGCUGGAUCUGCAAUGUGACCACGGCCCUGCCGUCUCGGUGCCUCUUGCUGCUUUGUCGCAUGCGCCCGACUAUCAUUGGGCCAGGGCACAUGUGGGGGCCGAUGAUGCGUUGAGCGCAAGAACCACUGCUGUCGUGUUGGUAACUGGGACGGCACAAAAUAUUCGAAACCCUCGGCAGGCCUCAUAUUUGGGCCGUGCGGCGAGUAGCGCCGGAAGUCCAAACGGACGAUCGGCCGGGACCGAGUCCCGGAUAGGCGCUGCGGUUCCCAUUCUGGUGGGUUUCCCGAGCAUCUCAAGAAGGCAAGCUGUUUGCCUUCCCCGACCCGUGAGGAAACCAGAACUGAACGCGUACACAGCAGUUAUUGAUAAGGCCACGCAACGCUCCAAUUGCUUUUCUCGCCCCAGCAGGCAGCGGGCUGAGCAGAGUAAAAAACGUGCAAGUUUGCGCGUCAUCCCAGCAUUCUCUGUUCUGCAAUAG